UAAGCCAGAAUAACUGCGGAUGUACAAACAGCUGUAAUUAUAAAUUGCGUAGCCGCUGCAGUUAUCAAACGUCACUUAAGGUAAUUAAUUAGGAGCUGCAAGAUAAUGGAACCUGUUGAAAUAUUGUGCGGCAUUUCUGCCCUAUGUGUCGCUGUUUAUUAUUACUUGACAUCGACCUAUGAUUUUUGGAAAGUACGUGGCGUUCCCGGUCCAAAACCGUUACCGGGUUUCGGUAAUAUUAAAGAUAUUCUACUUAAUAAAAAAUUCCCUGGCGACUAUUUGAGAAAUAUAUAUAACGAGUACAAAGAUGAAGACAUGAUUGGAAUAUUCGCUAGAAAAACACCAAUUCUUGUUGUAAAAAAUCCAGAGUUAAUUAAAAAUGUACUCAUCAAAGAUUUUUCCAACUUCGCAAACCGAGGAUUUCCUGUUAGUGAAAAAUCAGAUCCAUUGUCGCAACAUCUUAUCAACUUAGAGCAAAAAAGAUGGCGACCUUUAAGAAUAAGAUUGACACCUGCUUUUACAUCCGGUAGAUUAAAGGAGAUGUUCUCUUUAAUGUCGGAAUGCGCCGAUCAUCUUGAGCAAUGUAUAGAUAAACUAAUUGACAAGGACGCACCGGUAGAAUGUCGCGAAUUGACGGCAAAAUUUACGACCGAUGUAGUAGGUAGAUGCGUUUUCGGCCUAGAGAUGAAUGCUCUAUCGGAUGAAGACAGCGAAUUUCGCAGGAUGGGAAAAUUAUUUUUUACGCCAAACUGGAAAAAUAAUUUACGGGCAAAAAUAAGACAAUUCCUGCCACAAUUCUACGAAGUAAUCCAUUAUCUUCUACCACAUUCUGAGGUUACAACACAUUUUACACGCGUUGUUAGAGAUAUCAUGAAAUAUCGAGAAAUGAAUAACGUCAUUAGGCACGAUUUUGUCGAUAUUUUGCGUGAAUUGAAAAAACAUCCAGAAAAAUUGGACAAUAUCGAGUUAACCGAAAGUUUGAUAACUUCUCAAGCAUUUAUAUUUUUUAUUGCUGGUUUUGAAACUUCAUCGGUAACCAUAAGCAAUGCACUCUAUGAAUUGGCAUUAAAUCAAGAUAUACAAGUCAAAUUACGUGAAGAAAUUGACGAAGAGUACAUUAAGAACGGUAGCAAUUUAAUAUAUGAGAACGUAAAGAAGAUGAAUUACUUGGACAAAGUUUUCAAAGAGACUUUACGAAAGUAUCCGCCAGGGACAGUUCUUACGAGACAAUCAAUGUCAAGUUAUACUUUCGAGGGUACCAAUGUUAGUAUACCAAAAAAUCAGAAGAUAUGGAUUCCGAUUUUCGCGAUUCAUCGGGAUCCGAAUAUUUAUCCGAAGCCAGAUAUUUUUGAUCCAGAAAGAUUUGCUAACGAAGUAGUGGAAACCAGGCAUGAGAUGCAUUUUCUUCCUUUCGGUGAUGGACCAAGAAAUUGCAUUGGUGCUCGUUUUGCCAUUUAUCAAAUAAAGAUUGGUCUUAUAAAGAUACUACGAAACUAUAAAGUUGAUACUUGUGAUAAAACGCAAAUACCCUACGUAAUUGAACCUAAAGCUCCAUUUUUAUUAGAUGCAAAGGGUGGAAUACAUCUGAAAAUAACUAAACGCAAUCGAACUUAGUUCAUAUUUUAUCAUUUCUCUUAAGAAACAUGCGUAAAAUACAUAAUUUAGUGAUUUUUAAUUAUAAUUACAUAUGCUUGACAUACAUUUAAUAUAAAAAUUGUUUAAUCGAGGGAUUGGUCACUAGUGGUUAUAGUGUACCAAAAAUUACCCUUGAUACGGAUUACCUUUAAAUUACCUCAGAGUAUCUAAUACUACCAUAGAAUACCAAUUACUAUCUUAGAUUACCUAAUACUACCUCAGAUUACUUAAUACUACCUCAAAUUACUUAAGAUUACCAAAUAUUACCUCAAAUUACUCAAGAUUAUUAAGUUUGAUUUUUUUUAUUAUUAUAACA